AUGGGCGUGAACGGGCCGGUGACCCUCCAGGUUGCUCCUCCAUGCACCCGUGAGAGGCAUUAUGAACACCUUGGACGGUGCUGCAGCAAAUGUGAACCAGGAAGAUACCUGUCUUCUAAGUGCACUCCUACCUCUGACAGUGUGUGUCUGCCCUGUGGCCCAGACGAGUACUUGGACAGCUGGAAUGAAGAAGAUAAAUGUUUGCUGCAUAAAGUCUGUGAUGCAGGCAAGGCCCUGGUGGCGGUGGACCCUGGCAACCGCACGGCCCCACGGCGCUGCGCAUGCACGGCCGGCUACCACUGGAACACAGACUGCGAGUGCUGCCGCCGCAACAUGGAGUGUGCGCCAGGCUUCGAAGCCCAGCAUCCUUUGCAGCUCAACAUGGACACGGUGUGCACACCCUGCCUCCUCGGCUUCUUCUCAGAUGUCUUUUCAUCCACGGACAAAUGCAGACCCUGGACCAACUGUACCCUCCUUGGAAGGAUAGAAGCACACCCAGGGACGAAGAAAUCUGAUGUGGUCUGCAACUCUUCUCUGACAUUGAGAAAACCACCCCAGGAAGUCCAGAUUUACUUGCCCAGUCUCAUCAUUCUGCUCCUCUUCAUCUCUGUGGUGCUAGUCGCCGCCGUCGUCUUUGGCGUUUACUACCGGAAGGGAGGGAAAGCGUUGACAGCUAAUUUGUGGAACUGGGCCAAUGACGCUUGCAGCAGCCUAAGUGGAAAUAAGGAGUCCUCAGGUGACUGUUGUGUUGGUGCCCACUCAGCAACCUCCAGUCAACGAGAAGUGUGCGAAGGCGGCUUGCUAAUGUCUCUGGAGGAGAAGAUGCUUCCAGAAAACAUGUGCUGUCUGGAAGAUGGUACUGGGGUCCGUGGGCCUGUGUGUGCAGCCGGCGGGUCCUGUGCAGAGGGUGGAGAUGCCAGGAUGUUCACACUGGUCAGCGAAGUUGAGACCCAGGGGGACCUCUCAAGGAAGAUUCCCACAGAGGAUGAGUACACAGACCGGCCCUCACAGCUGCCUGAUGGUUCCCUGUUCCUGAUCCAGCCUGGAAGCAGAUCCACACCCCCUUUCCAGGAGCCUCUGGAAGUGGGGGAGAAUGACAGUUUAAGCCAGUGUUUCACAGGGACUGAGAGCACGGUUGAUUCAGAAGGCUGCAGCUUCACGGAGCCUCCAUGCAGGACUGAUUGUACUCCUUCGUCCUCUGAAAAGUACUUGAGAAAAGAAAUAGAGGGUGACGGUUGCCUGCCCUGGGUGGCCAGCUCCAGCUCAACAGAUGGCUACACAGGCUGUGGGAACACGCCUGGGGAGGACCAUGAGCCCCUAAUGGGUUCUCUGAAAUGUGGACCAUUGCCCCAGUGUGCCUACAGCAUGGGCCUUCCCGGCGAAGCAGCCGCCAGUAUGGCAGAGGCAGGAGAGCAGCCCCAGGACAGGGCUGAUGUAAAGAUUCCAAGCUCGGAGAGGGGAGCCUCAGGGUCUGGGAAUUCCCCCAGUGACCAGCCACCUGCGUCUGGGAACGUGACGGGAAACAGCAAUUCCACUUUCAUCUCCAGCGGGCAAGUGAUGAACUUCAAGGGCGACAUCAUCGUGGUGUACGUCAGCCAGACCUCGCAGGAAGGCCCGGGCCCUGCGGAGCCGGAGCCCGAGCCGGAGCCGGUGGGCCGCCCGGUGCAGGAGGAGACGCUGGCGAGCAGAGACUCCUUUGCUGGCACGGCGCCGGGCUUCCCAGACACGCGCGCCACCGGGGCAGGGCUGCAGGAGCAAGGCGCUUCCCGGACGAAGGACGGGACAUCGCGGCCAGUUCAGGAGCAGGGUGGGGUGCAGGCCUCACCCCGUACCCGGGGGUCGGGACACUGCACAGAAUGACCUGCUUGCCCUGGGCGCUGGGCACCAUUGCCUUUCCCCAAACAGAUGUGUUGUGGCUAGCCACUGCGCACCUGUGACAGGUGCGGGCUGCUGGCGUGGUGGUGGUGGAGCCCACCUCUCACUUCCUCCUGUGCCUCUCUCCUCUGACUCACACCACC